AUGGAUGUAUAUGAAUCAGAGAACCCAUUGAAGAAUGGGACCACGCGCAGGGGCAGAACAAGAGAAGUUAGCUCGAGGUACAAGUCACCCAUACCCAAUGGUCAAACUCGCUGCCCAUCCCCCACUCCUAAUGUUCCAAAACGCUGCCCAUCCCCCACACGUAAUGUUCCAAAACGCUGCCCUUCACCAAACGCCACCAGCCGAACAUUAUCAUCGUCCUCUGCAGUAGCGGCCCCAAAGAGAUCCUUAUCGGCUGAGAGAAAACGCCCGUCCACACCUUCACGGCCGAAUACCCCAGUUCGUGACACAAAUGCAGAAUCAAUUUUUGCGUCAAACAAGACAGCUGGCAGUAAGCUGCCCGACUCUCUAUGGCCGUCCACUAUGCGGAGUCUCAACAGCUCCUUUCAAUCGGAUAAGAGUGAAAAAACGGCGGAUCGCACUCUGAGGCCGCCCUCGAAUGUAGCUCGUGUGGUUGAAGCCAGAAAGCCCACGCCGGAAAGAAAACGGAGCCCACUCAAGGGGAAAAAUUCUCCCGACUUGGUGGAGAAUUCAAAACCUGCCUUCGAUAUUUUACGGCAUCAAUGGCCAAGCAGAGUGAGUGGGAAAACAUCUGCAAAUCCCGUGCUAAAAGCUGAUGUUACUCUCGAUAAGACGAGCAAAAUUCCGUCUUUGUCCCGUACUAGGGUGGUCCCAACCAUCACCACGCCUCCUGUUCGGAGAUUGUCUCUUGAUGGGAUGGCAAGCAAACCUAUUCAGAAAUCCGCCAGCGACUUAUUAAUGCUAAUGUCCCGUGAUGAAAGUCGAGUGGCAGGGCUGUCUAGGAAUUCAGUUGAUGAUCGUUGGUUAAGGUCACAGAGACCCAGCUCGAGUUCAUCAGAUAGAAGCCGGCCCUCGUCACCGAAGCCGGUUUCUAGAUCACGGCCCUCAUCACCUUCAACGUCCAGAGGGGUCAGUCCCUCUCGUGCCAAGGUAGUUGGUCCUUGCAGUAGAGGGUCUAGUCCGGGUAGGGUGAGGCCGUCCAGCCCGAAAGGAAAUAAUUCCCAUAGUUCGGCUUCGGUUCUCACUUUUAUGGCGGAUAUUAAUAAGGGAAAGAAGGUUGAUCGUAACAUUGAGGAUGCCCAUCAACUGAGGCUGUUGUACAAUAGACAUUUGCAGUGGCGGUUUGCGAAUGCACGAGCUGUUGCUUUGUUGCGUUCUCAGAAAGCAAAAGCAGAGAAAAUGUUGUGUAAUGUGUGGAGAGUAAUCAUAGAUCUCUGGAGUUUGGUAAGGGAAAAGAGAUCUGACUUCCAGCAAUUGAAGCUUAAGUUGAAGGUCUACUCAGUUUUGGACAGUCAAGCAAUCUUUCUUGAAGAGUGGACUUUGUUGGAGAAGGACCAUACCAACUCUUUAACGCGGGCCAUCCAAGAUCUCGAGGCCAGCACCCUUCGUAUUCCCGUCACUGGAGGAGCAAGGGUCGAUAUUAAAACCCUGAAGGAAGCCGUGUGCUCUGCUGUUGAUGUGAUGAGCUCAAUGGGUUCCUCCUUAUGGUCCAUACUCCCAAAGGUCGAGGGGAUGAACUGGUUGGUCCUGGAGCUCGCUGAUGUGGCAGCACGCCAGAGAGCAAUGCUGGACGAGUGCGAAUCACUGUUGGGUUCUAUAGCCAAAUUGCAGGUGGAAGAAGACUGCCUCAGGACUCAUAUUCUACAAAUGAGACAAACAAUGAAAAACGGGGCACAGUCUACAUUCGAUUAA